AUGCAUUUCCUCCUCCUCGGCGCCAGUGGACGGACAGGCCAGCAUGUCGUGUCUGAGUUACUAUCUCCGGGUCAUACAGCGGUAGCCCUCGUGCGUACCUCUAGCAGCCUCGCUCCUCGACCCGGCCUUACCGUCGUCACUGGCUCGCCACUAUCGAAGUCCGACAUACGCAACGCUUUCCUCGCGACUUCUCCUCUGUCACCUUCUGCAACCAUCAUCACAUUAAACACAGUCCGCAAGUUAGACAGCCCUUUCGCAGCUCAGAUCUCACCUCCUCGCUUCCUAGCCGACUCUGUCGGGAACUCAUGGGAUAACCUACCGUGGUUGAGUAAGGUAUUCUUGGGGUGGACCAACGUCAAGUAUGCGCUCGAGGAUCACGACCUUGUAGAUAAGGAGAUUCGGUUGACGAAUAUGGAUUGGACUCUUGUGAGGGCUGUACGGCUGCGAUUCGACGAUCAGAAGCUGGCUGACGCAAAAACGGAGGUGAAAUUGUUGGGUAGUAAAGGCGAGGGGAUGAGCUUUUUUGACAGUGUGAGUGUUGCUAGUAUGGCGAGUUUCCUGGUCAAUGUUGCCGUCAAAGGUCUCUUCAUCCGAAACGCUGUGGUUAUGGCAGGUUGA